CGAAUAAAAAAGAUAACCUUAAAGAAGCUGCAAAUAACUAACACCCAUUCGAGUAAGAUGAGUGCCAACAGCUAAAUAACUUAAUUACCUCACUGUAGCAAAAGUCAAUAGUUAUUUCGGAAAUACAAAAUCUCAUAUAUAAACUCAGUUUUCACAGAUUAUCUAAUUUUUAAAGAAGGUAUUCAGCUCGGGUAUUUAAUAUUGUGUUAACCUCUUAUAAGCAGUGCUGUAAAUGUUUACUUUUUUCAUUAUUAUUAUGUUUAGUAAAAUUUUAAAGCCUAACCUCAACGUUACGGAAUAGGAUGCACGGAGAUGGGACUUGGAACAAGAAAGAGAGGAGAAAUAGUUACGUAACAAAAUUAUUUGGGAUUAGAAGAAAGGGGAACAAUGCCAAGUUCCUGAAAAAUUUACAUGCUGAGCAGAUCGCUAAACUGCAGUUGAAGAACCAAAACGAAUGUGAACUACUAGAAGACAUUAGGAAUUUUAUACUUAAGAGAUCAGCAAUUGAAAAAUCAUAUGCAGAGGCACUUCUUAAGAUUUCUUCGGCAUUUCUCAACAGGAAAAUACCCAACAUCCCGGAUAUCAAAACAGAAGGAUCGGAAGAAAAAUGGAAUAUGUGGAACGUUUGGAGAACUGUCCUGGAAGAAAACGAAAAGCUAGCAAGAGCGAGACUUGCAGCGGUGGAAGUUUUUUCACAGCAUGUAGCUGACGACGCAAAAAUUCUGAGGGCGAAUAAGGUGGUCAAUGCCAAGAGGUGUAUUGAUCAACUCAUCCAGAUUCAAAAAGAACUUCAAGCCAGCGUGCUUGACGUGGAUAAGACAAAGAAAGGAUACUUCGAUGAAGAACACAGCGCACACGAAGUCCGUGAUAAGUCCAGAGAUAUUGAAGAAAAGUUGAAGAAGAAAAAGGGUUCUUUCUUCCAGUCGAUCACAUCCCUACAGAAAAAUAGUGCCAAGGUAACUUCCAAAAGGGAACAGCUGGAAGAAAAAUCUUCAGGAGCCAGAAAUGAUUAUCUCUUAAGUUUGGCUGCAGCAAAUGCUCAUCAAACACGAUAUUUUGUGGUUGAUUUCCAGAACACAAUUCAAGCCAUGGAAGCCAAUGUAUAUGAGAAAGUUGCAGAAUAUCUUAUGUUAAUAUCAAGAACUGAACUUCUCACCUGUACAGCUACUCAAACUUCUUUCAAUAGAAUUAAAGAACAAUCUGGUCAGCUUAGCCGGGAAUACAACCUACAAUGUGUUUACCUAUACUAUCCUGUACUAAAACAACACAUUCAAUACGAAUUUGAGCCCUGUGAUAAUGAUACAGUCAACAAAGUAACUGCAGAACAUAGUUCAUCAUCGGCAGCAUUAGGAAAAGAAGCAAAGAGAUGGGCAACUCGAAUUGGCCGAGAAUCGGCUAAUAUAAAAGAAGCUCUAGCUAAACUCCAAAAUCUUCAUGCAUUGAGAGAAUCUGGACAAAGGACUGAUCCAAAUGACCCUAAUGGCCCUGAUAUUGAAACUAAAAUGGAUGAACUUCGUCAGACUAUUAGAAGAGCAGAGACUUCAAAAGGUAAAGCAGAGGCUAGGAUAGAAUGUCUGAGAGCUGGUGGAGUUAAUGUGGAGGAGUAUUUGCAAGAUCUUGAAAAUUUAAGUGUGCAGGAUCUACCUCGCUCUAAUAGUUCCAUGUCUGUAAGAACAGAUGCUUCCGGAUUAGGGGAACAAAUUGGAUCAGACUCGAUAUAUGAUAGUGAUUAUAAUGAUGGUGCUUCUGAGUCUGCUGGUCCAACAAGCUUAGAAGAAAAGGAAAGGCCUGAUUCCACAGAAGUAGAUGGAGAAUGGGCAAUGUUAGAACAAGAAAGACAGCGAAUAGAACAAUUGACAGCAGGAUGGGACGAUCCUACUCAGGUAGAUUGGGGACCUGAAGGAGGAGAAACCACAGCAGAAGUUUCUCCGCAACCUCCAAUAGAUGGUGGAAUAACUUACAAAUGUACAGCAUUAUACACUUAUACUGCCCAGAACCCAGAUGAGUUAUCGAUAGUUGAGAAUGAGCAGUUAGAAGUAGUAGGAGAGGGCGAUGGAGAUGGAUGGUUAAGAGCCAGAAAUUAUAAGGGUGAAGAAGGUUAUGUACCACACAACUACUUGGAUGUAGAAAGGGAAGUAGAAUGGAAUGCAGAAAGGGAAGGACCACAACUCACAUCCCAAAUCUCAUUUUCUUCUGUCGACUACACUGUUGAUGAGGAACCGUCUGAACAGUCAGUUGGUCAAGACACCGUGAAAGAGGCUUUUCGACCACCAGACCUACAACUUUCUACUGGAGAGACGUAUUGCAUAGCAUUGUAUGACUAUGAAGCAACCUGUCCUGAAGAACUAAGUUUUUAUGAAGGAGAUGUAAUCAAGGUUUUAAGAAAAGUAGUCCAUGAUGAUGUUGAUGACGGAUGGUGGGAAGGUCAAAAAGGUGAUGAAAUAGGACUUUUCCCUUCAUUGGUGGUUGAAGAAUGUGGAGAGAAUGGAGAACCACUUACUCCAGAAGGAGAUGAUACUCCUCCUGGAUCAGCACCACCUGUUUUCACACCACCUGAAGUACCAACAUUCAUGUUGGCUCCCCAAGCAGUCAUCAUCACUCAACCAACACCAGUAGUAGAAAGCAAUCCUAUAGUUGGUAACAGCGAACAAUCUGAUGCUAAUUUUUCGAUGGAGUUAACCAGAGGCCAACAAAAGCAUUAUGAUACCCAAUUCGAAGAAGUGCAAAUAUCUGUUAGUGUUACUGCUGAUGACCCAGAGGCUGAAGAAGAAGAAGAUUCAAAAGACAAAACUCCAGAAUUUGGUUUGUCAACAUGUUCAGUUGUGAUCACAGCUGCAACACCAAUGAUUGAAGAAGCUGAAAAACCCUUUCCUCCUCCAGAAGAAGAAGAGCUAGAGGAGGUGUCAGAAACAGUAGAAAAAGAAGUAGCUGAGGAGGAACCACCAUCUUAUAGCCAAGCUACAGCACCAGAACGAGAAGAGGAUGACCAACCUGCUGACUCGGCUCCUUUUCCUAUCAGUAGUAGCACUGGUAGUGAGGAAGAUACCUACACGGGCCCAAGUACAGCAGAAAACUCUCAUUCUGAUAAAAGGAAAAGUGAGAUUCCAGAUGAGCUUGAACCGCAUCAACUUGCUAGGCUGCAAGACCUAAAAGAAUCUGAUGCGUGAAAAAUAUUUGUCAAUUCUUGUAUUUUGACUGAAUACAAAAACCAAUCAAAAUACGCAUUUGUAAAAUAAGUAAUUUCUAUUUGUCUACUUGUAAAAGAAACAAAAAAAAAGCAAUUUACUUCAAUUGAAUGCAUAAGGGCUCUUUUGGAUUUCGAGUAGAAAUAGUACUUAAUUUGUUAAUUUGUUGGUGUUUUAGUUUUGCAAGUCAAUCAAUAUUUUCCCUCUUAAAAUUUAGUUAGAUCUUUAAAAUGUAUUUAAGUUCUGAAUUAAAAAUAAAAAAGAAAGAAAACAAUAUUUCCAUCAAAACUUAAAGUUUUUAAAAUAAGAAAAGAUUAAACUAAAUAUAAAUAAUCUUAAAUGUAAAGAAGUGAUAACCUCACAUAACAGUGCUAACAAUUUGAUUUUCCUUUAUUAGAACAUUAUAUAGGAAAACCUCAAUUUUAUUUUUCUCUCUUGAAAAACUAAGUAUGUAGGUUGUUAAAUUUAAAAUUCAAAUUCCUAGAUACAACAAAUGUACGAUCUUUAUAAGACCUACAAAAUUCAUGUG